AUGGAAAAUGCAAAGGAAGAUCGAGCAACAGCAUCCAACUUCACGGCAACUUCUUCACGAUCUGCACCAGAGGAAACUGUUCACAUCGAGUACUCUGAGGUUCCCCUUGCAUAUAGAGGAUUAAAUGAUAGUGUUACUGAUCAAGUUUCAAAUAGCCCUAGGGAUGUUCAGUCUCCUCUUACUACUGGUACUCCUACCGAAGGAGAAUGUCAGGGAAGAGAGGAGCACUCAUGUUUGAAUGGAAAUCAUCACCAAGUUCAUUCGUCACCUCAGCCAUCAACAAAUGAAGAUUUGUGUUCUAUGCAAGAAGAAGAUCUAACAAAGGAUUCAGACUCCAGUGAUGAAGGAGAAGGGAUCAGUGUGGAUGAAUUGAAGCAAACGGAUGGAUAUAGGUUAUUUGUUGAAGCUUUGGAUGCACACGUAAAGGCUAACUCGACUAAAGAGUAAUUUAUUGCCGAAAGACACUGGGCGCCCUUCUUUGAACUAUUUAUUUGUUGCAGCGAAGCUUGUAGAAUACAGGACGAGAGUUAGAUAUUUAAAGGCAUUCGUUGCCUUUGUCAAAAGUAUUUUUAUGAAUGCUGUAAGAAAUAUUUAAGUAUUUUUGUGAAUGCUGUAAGAAAUAUUUAAGUAUUUUUAUGAAUGUUUUAGGAAGGAACUGU